AUGCUUGCGAAACUCACUCAAGACAAGAAAAAAUCCCUGCAGGUCGUCAUCUUGACCCCCUUCCGCGGACCAGGCAAUCUGCCAGCCAUCUACAGCACUCCCGAGGAACCUCCCAAGAUUCGCGGAUACGUCGAACUAAUCACUACAGAGGAUAUCAAGGCAGGAGACCUAGACCUCUACUUCCGGGUCAAGAGCUAUGCUCGCUGGGCUAGACAACGGGGACAGGUGACGGUGGUCUAUAGGUCGAAAGACGUCCUCCAGAAGAACUUCCACCAGUUUCCCAUCAAACAUGAACGUCCAGGAGUGAUCUCGCCAGGAACAAUCAGGUUCGACUUUGAAGAGGCGCUCAGCAUGCACACACCCUCAUCUAUCGACGGUCGACGAAGUUGGCUCAAUUAUCGGUUCGCUGCCACGCUACACAGAGGAUUUUUUCAACCAAACAUGACCUUCAAGCAGGACGUCUGGGUCUUCAACACCUGUAUACCAUCACCUCAAUACGGCUAUUUGCCUCCACCCCACGUCUUUGAUGGAGUCUGGGAGUCCCACCUACCGUUCACUUGCUCUAUCCCCAACGAGAACAUCCAGCUUGGUGAAACCGUACCCCUGACCAUCCAGUUCAGGCCCUUCAUUCCCACGAGCGGUCUCUUUGGUCAGGAAUUGGUCGUUGUUGAUGCAGUUGUCAAGAUGAAGCAGUAUACCCGGCUCUGGAACAAGUGGGACGUCAAGACUGAAAAGAAGGUGGUCAUCGAGAUGCCGGUCAAUCAAGGCUGGGCAUCAGGCAAGGACGGGGUGCAAAAGACCAUCAUGGUCAACGUUCCGUUCGCACCUCGAUUGUCGUGCACAACCAUCACAGAACCGGUGCGAAAGACCCACCGCCUCAAGUUGAUUAUGCGUAUCAAGACAGCGUCGAUGUCGAACAGAGAUGCCAAGGAGCUUCGUAUCGAAAUGCCUGUUAACAUAACGGGACCACGACCCCCUACGGUCCAUCCCACUGCCGAGGAGGAGGGGGAGCAGCUGCCGUCGUAUUCAUCUGUCUUCGAAGGAGGGAAUGAUAGUGAUUAG